AUGUCAGAAGCUCCUACAUGCGCUUGCCCUAAUAAUGCAAGCUUGAUCAACAAGACUUGUACCUGCAAUACAAGAUAUUAUUUCAGCUCUACUACUGUUUGUUCGUCAUGCCAAGCUAAUUGCGCUACUUGCGACUCAAACCCUGAUACCUGUGAUACCUGUCUCGAUACUUUGCAUAUGUCAGCUGCUCCUAAUUGUUCAUGCCCUGUCAACUCAGCUCUUGUAGUUAAUACUUGUGUUUGUAAUUCUGGGUACUUUUAUAGCUCAAAUACUGUAUGUUCUGCAUGCCAGAAUAAUUGCAAAACCUGCUCUGAUACAGCUGAAAGCUGUUUGACCUGUAUUGACACUGUUCAUAUGUCAGCUGCUCCUUCAUGCGCUUGUCCAGUGUUAAGUACCUUAAUAGGUGAUUCUUGUGUCUGUAAUGAAGGUUACUAUUUCAGCUCUCCUUACGUUUGCUCUCCAUGCAAUACUAACUGUGCCGGAUGCACUGAUACAGCUGAAAACUGCAAUGCCUGUAUUGAUACUACUCGUAUGUCAGAAGCCCCUGCUUGUGCUUGUCCAGCUUAUGCAUACCAAAAUGGCAAUGUUUGCCAAUGUAACAUUGGCUAUUACUACAGCAGCCCUACAACGUGUUCUCCAUGCAAAAAUAAUUGCGCAACAUGUGAUACAGACCAUAGUACCUGUGAUACUUGUAUAGACUCAGUUCAUAUGUCAUCUGCUCCUGAUUGUCAAUGUCCUGCUAGAUCUACCUUGGUUAAUGGUGCUUGUGUCUGCAACAAUGGGUACUAUUAUAGCGCAGCUACUACUUGUUCUAGAUGUUCAAGCCAAUGUACGACCUGUUAUCAGUCUUCUACUAACUGUGGAAGUUGCUCAGAUACGACUCAUAUGUCAAGUGCUCCAGGCUGCGAAUGUCCUGAACAAGCUACUUUGAUAGGCACUUCAUGUCUUUGCAAUCCUGGAUAUUACUUCAGCACUGAUAAAACAUGCUCUCCUAUAGAUACUGACUGCGCACCACAAUGUGCUCAAUGCUCUUCCUAUGAUUUUUGCACUGCGUGUAAUGAUCGUGCCAAUAAUCUUUUUUGGCUGCAGGUUAUUAGCUCCACACUUCUCGUAACAGACAUUUACUUUUGGAGAAUUUACCAAAAAAUUUUCCUUGUCAGGCAUUUGCUCUGAACAAAAACCUAAUGAAUUACCAUGCAUAUCUCAGAAAAAAAUUUUGAGCAAGUGUCACAAUGCAGAAUAGAUGCACCGAUCUUCUUUUUUUAUCUAUUUAGCGUUGACUCUUAAGAAUUUUUAUUUCUACAUGAAUCGGCCUAAUGAUAAUAUGAAAUUUCGAUAAAAUCUGUAAUAUAGAUGAUUUAUUUUUAUUUUUUUAAAAAAUUAAAAUUAAGCUGGUACAUCAAAAUCUUAUGGCCCAGAUGAAAGGAAAAAGAAGGCAUACGUUUUUAAAUACUGUGACAGGCACUUGUAGAUGCUGGGAUCCUUAUGCUUCUUUUGAUCAGACCACUAGAACUUGCAAAUGCAUUCAAGGCUAUUAUUUGUCAAGUUCUGGAGUAUGCCAAAUUUGUAUGCCCCCUUGCGCUCAGUGCUCUCCUUCAGCAACUUUUUGCACAGAAUGCAAUGAUUUUGCGAAUAUGGAUUUAAAUGUAGCCAAAGGCUCUUGCAAAUGUAAAGACUCUGAUUUUGAUUUUAAUCCUUGGACUAAAGCUUGCCAAUCUAAUCUAGGCUCUUGCGAAACAGUUAUAAACAAUCUCACCAAUAAUACUUAUAUCAACGUCACCAAUAUCAACUAA